UGAACGGUUGAUUAAGGGAACUUGGCAGCAAAACUCGGCCAAGUGCUUCAGCCUGAACAUGCAGCCGUUCGCCCUCGAGAGCAAAGAAAAGCUUGAGUGCAUGAAACUCCAAGCUUUGAGCUGGAAGUUCAAUUUGAACUACUGGACGGGAGGAACAAAAAACCUUGCGAGCGGCGCCUUCGGUUGGUGCUCUGCAAAAGACCUCACGCCCUGGCAGGACGUUCUACCCCUGAGCAACCUGGCGAAGGACCAAAACUGCGUCCAGAUGCAAAUUUCCAAACUCAAUGGUUCUAUUUCAAUCAGUGGCAGUCGGUGCUCAGAUUCAAUGGUUUUUGCCUGCCAGGGUCCACCGACAAUAGGUCCCAAGUGCUUCAAGCCUCUUUGUCCGAAUAUUACCUGCCAAAAAGAUCCAAAAUUUUUUACAACGCCGACAAAUGGUACAUCAAUGAUUUUAAAAAACAUUUCUCUACACGGGCGACUUUAUACCAACAAUCUGCGGUUCUAUUUAAUCAGUUACCAAAACGACACGAGAACUUAUGUGGAAGCUAUGAAAGCCUGUUGUGAUGUGGGAAUGUCUCUAUUGAGCUUAGAUGGGCAAUACAAGUACAACGCUUUGGCCAACAUCAGCAGCGUCGCAGAUUUUCUAAAAGAACCAGAAAAUCUUACCUUCUGGACUUCCGGUUCAGACGAGGGUUGUGAGUCGAUUUUUGGAUACUGUUCUGCUGAACGUUUGUUCCGUGACGAGGCCAAGUGGCUGCCCGGACAGCCGGACAACGCAGGGGGGAAUGAGAACUUUGUGGCCGUCAACAUUUAUCGCAACAAAAGUCAGGUUUUACUUGCUGAUUACGACGGACAGACCAAAUUCAGAUACAUUUGCGAGAAAAGAGGCAAUCCUCAGUCUAAGAAUGACAAGCAAGCGAUAAUCGACGAAUGUUCCAUCAUUUACGGCGUCACGCAAUCCCAAAUUGACUUGCUGUAUAAUCAAACGACAUUGAGUUUGCAAAUGAAAUGUUUUGUGCGUUGUGUUGGCGACUCUGUAGGGCUGCUGGUUGGAGGUAAAUUUGUGGCAAGCGCAGUUUUCGCAAUGCUCGAGCUCAUGGCCAUGCAGAACACUGACGCGCUAAUGAACAGCACGGCCAUUGUGGAUGGUUGCAACAGCAAUGCUUCUGGAAUGGAUGAGUGCGAUCAGGCGUAUCAGACGGCGAAAUGCGCGAGGGACAAAGCGCCAGCGAUUUUUGACAACAUCGUCACAAACAUGAACAAUCAGACGACAGACGUGAUCAAUCAAAUUGGACAUAAUAUUUACAUUUUUUAA